AUGAGGGCUUUCGUACUGCUCCUGAGCCUUGGGUUUGUGGCUGCCGAGUCGGAAUAUGUCACCAGGAAACUCUGCAGAGAUGUGGAUGCAUCACAAUGCAGCAUCCACAGCGUGAUAGUGGACCCCUGUCCUCAAGGACCUGCUUUCUGCACCCUGAAGAGGAAUAAGGCAUACGGCAUCACACUGGAUAUGACCCCACAUUUCGCAGCAGAGAAUUUAAGGCUUUCAAUCACGAGCGAUGUGAGCAACACUGGAAACUUCACAACCCUUAUCAAGGCACCUGGCGAUGCCUGUAAACUAUUGACCUGUCCUCUUGAAGCUGAUCAGAGAAGGAUCUUCGACGUUGACCUGAUGGUUGAUAAGAGGUUCUCGGGCAAGUUCCCAGUGAAAAUAAAACUGUGGGACGACGACAAUGAUGCCUCCGCUUGUUGCGUCACCUUCAACGUUAAAGUUAAAUAG